AUGGACUCCAACAAGGCGAGCUUCAAUGCUGGACAGGCCAAGGGCCAAACUGAGGAAAAGGCAAGCAACAUGAUAGACAAGGCCAGCAAUGCUGCUCAAUCUGCCAAGGAAUCCAUGCAAGAGGUUGGUCAACAGAUGAUGGCAAAGGCUCAAGGAGCUUGUGAUGCAGUGAAGGAUGCAACUGGAAUGAAUAAAUGA